AUGGCUCUGCCCUCUCGCGCACUGCUCAGCGGCAACACAAACCGAAAACAGCAAGCCGGAAAAUGGCGCCAAAGACAGCGCAACACCCCAUCAACAUACAAACCCGCAUGGCACCUACACCUGAAUGCUAACAAAAUCCCACGCAGGCUCAAGCUGGUCUCCUCCCAGCCCAAAUCAAAGCCCGGCGCCAAAGCCAUGAAGAGCCUGCACUCCGACCCACGCCAGACCCGAUCGACACAGACAAGCAGACCUGGUCACUUUACAACAUGUACCUACGAGCAAAAGCAGAGAAACCUAGCAUCAGGGCUCUCAGGACUGGGAUCUGUGCUGGAUGAGCUCCUAUGUGGAUUACAGGUCUGGGCAGUAACCCCGGAGGGCUUAGGCUGA